UUGUAGUCCUGCGAGAGCGGGUGGCGCAUGAGUCGUGGUGGCGGUCGUGGGCCGCUCUUGGCACCCGCACCAGGAUGAAACUCGCUCGAGUGGGGAGCGUCUCGCCGCCGCGCCAGUACCCCUCCGACCAGCGAUGCUGUGCUGUCUCCGGAAAUAGAAUCAGUCGACCGGGUGCGCGAGUGUGAGUGCAAAUGACUUAUAGCCCGACAGCGGGCUGAACUUAAUAAAAUGUGGACCAAAAGAUGGUUAUGGAGGUUUAUGUUGUGCACGUUGCUGGCGGUGGCGACAUUGACGGCUGCGGCGCGAGCGGACGAAGAAGUACCUUCAGAAUCACAGUGCCGGCCAUACAUCGAAAAAGCUCUUAAAGAGCUGGAAUCGGGCGCUGAACCAGAUUCCUCUGAAAAAAACGACAGUAGUGAAGUAAGUAUAGAUGACGAUACGACUGAAGCGCAAUCGGCAGAAGAUGGAAAAACAGAAGAAGAGGAUAGCAAAGAAGAUGAUGGGCCUUCUGUGGAGGUAGCAGACGAGCCUUAUGUGGCUCAAUCAUCCGUAGAAGCUGUUGAAAUUGAUGAAAAUUACAAAGAUACGAAAGAAGAAACUUCAGUAGAAGAGAAACAUGGAGACAGUGGGGAAGAUCAAGAAGAAAGCAAAGAUGAUACCGACGGAGACAGCAAAGAAAAAGCAUCCGCUGAAGACCAAACUGCCGAACAGGAUAAUGGUGAAGAAAAAAAAGAUGGAGACAACGAAGAUGGGGAAAGUGAUAGUGGAGAAAAUGAUGAAAGUAACACCGAAGGUGAAGAUGUAAAGGAAACUGAUAGUAAAGAGGAUGACAAAUCUAAAGAAAACGAACUAGAAGCUGAUGAUGCAUCAGCGGAGUCGAAGGAUGAAGAUGAUGACAAAACACAAGAAGAUGAUAAGACACAAGAAGACGAUGGAUCUCAAGAAAAGGCAGAUUCUGGUGAAGAUAAAGAAGAUGCUGAUUCCAAAGAAACAAAAGACGAUGAUGAUUCUAAAGAAGAAGAGGGUUCAGAAUCUGGUGGUGAAAACCAAGAUUCAGUAGAAUCUGACAAAGAAGAAUCCGAAGAAGCAGGAAAAGAUAAGUCAGAAGAAGGUCUGAAAGAGUCUGCUGAAGAAUCAGAAGCUGAUGGAGAAGUCGAUGAAAAGGAUGAAAAUGAACAAGAUAAAUCUGGUGAAAGCAAGGAAGAUGUUAAAGCUGAAUAUGAUGAAUCUAGUGAAACUGGCUCGGAAGUUAAGGAAGACAGAGAAUCUGAAACGGCUCAGGAAGAAGAUGCAGAAGCGCCGAAGGAAUCCGAAGAUGGCGAUGACACAGAGGAACAGUCUGACGAAGGAGAAGAAGAAGAGGGUGCUCCUGAAGAAGACCUUUUAAUUACGGGAGAUAUUCCUGAAAACUUGAGAUCUCGUGACCACAUCAAUCAGAUCCUUAGACUGGAUGAGGAGGCCAGUGAAAGUGAAUUGACGAUAGAGAAAUCAGCUGAAAUCAUACUCAGAGAUUUAAAGAAACUCUAUGAGAACUCCAUCAAACCUUUAGAGGGUCUUUAUAAAUACAGAGAUUUAAGUAAUAGACAUUUUGGUGAUCCAGAAAUAUUUUCGAAGCCCUUAGUUUUAUUUAUGGGACCGUGGAGCGGUGGAAAAUCAUCUAUUGUGAAUUACUUGACAGGCUUAGAAUUUACCGAAUGGUCUUUGAGAACUGGUGCAGAGCCAUCUCCCGCUUAUUUCAAUAUUCUGAUGCACGGAAAAAAUCCCGAGGUAUUGGACGGAACUCAAUUAGCAGCAGAUUGGACUUUUUCGGGUCUACAAAAAUUCGGACAGGGUCUGGAAGAGCGUUUGAGGGGUUUGAAGCAUCCCAGCAAAAUUUUGGAAAAGGUGAACAUUGUAGAAAUCCCUGGUAUACUUGAAGUAAGGAAGCAGGUGUCCCGUGUAUUUCCCUUCAACGAUGCUUGCCAGUGGUUUAUUGACAGAGCUGACAUUAUUUUCCUUGUGUAUGAUCCCUCAAAGUUGGAUGUUGGACCCGAAACUGAAGCUAUCCUUGAUCAACUGAAGGGCAGAGAAUCACAGACACGCAUCGUCCUCAACAAGGCGGACACGGUGAAGCCAGAAGAGCUGAUGCGCGUGCAAAGCGCUCUGAUAUGGAACAUCUCGCCGCUGAUGAGCUCUGCGCAGCCACCAGUCAUGUACACCGUGUCUCUAUGGUCCAUACCGUACGAGCCGAGCGCGCCCGUGCGUCUGCUGCAGGCCCAGGAACGCGAGUUGCUGCGGGACCUGCGGCAGGCCAUCGACAAGCGCAUAGAGAAUAAGAUUGCUAGCGCUAGGAGAUUUGCUGUGCGUGUUAGGAAUCACGCGAAGAUGGUCGAUUGCUACCUGACAACAUACUACAACCACAAGACUAUCUUCGGCAACAAGAAGCUCAUAGCCGACGCCAUCAUUGAAAAUCCUCAAAACUACCACAUCUACGAGGGUCUUAGCACUCUCACUAAUAUUUCCAGGUAUGACCUGCCGGAUCCGGAAACGUACCGGGACUUCUUCCGGCUGAACCAGCUGUACGAGUUCCAGCAGCUCUCUGCGACUUGCACGUACUUCCGCGGCUGUCCCAUCACGCGGCUCGAUGUCGCCAUCGCUUACGACCUGCCCGAGCUCGUGGGCAAAUACAAGAAGAUGGUGGAGACCGCCUCGCCCCAGGGCAUGCCCAAGAGUUGAUGCCCACGCGAACGAACGAACCCUAUGCGCCACACUUAACACCCGCUUUUUAAUUAGUCAAUUGGUUGGACUUAUUUUGGGCACAUUUUGCAUUUCUUAUCUAAUCGGGCAUCGAUUUUUUUUUCAAGUUUUUUUGUUAUUAUCGCAUUUCUGUAUUUGUAUACUUUUGUAUUAUUUUGCUUAAAUACUCGCUUGUUCCUGUUUUUGUGAUGAAAUGUGAAAGAAAGAUUGAAUGUGUGAUUUGUUUCGUGCGUUUAUUAGUGACGGUAGUAAGUAAAAU